ACCUUCAGCGUAAGGGGUUGGGCCUGGCCUGCAGGUAUAACCGGACCAGCCCGCACCAGGACCCCCAUGCACAUGGCGCAGCAUGUGUUCCUCACCGGGUCCCCAGGGGUUGGCAAGACAACCUUGAUCCAGAAAGCCAUCACGGUCCUACAGUCUUCUGGGCUGCCUGUAGAUGGAUUUUACACACAAGAAGUCAGGCAGGGAGGGAAGAGGAUAGGAUUCGAUGUCGUCACCCUGUCUGGUGCCCAGGGGCCUCUGUCCAGAGUUGGGUCACAGCCUCUACCUGGAAAGGCCGACUGCCGAGUGGGGCAGUAUGAGGUGGACCUGGCUUCUUUUGAGCAGUUGGUACUACCUGUCCUAAGGAAUGCUGUCCCCAGCUGUGGCCUCAGACACAGAGUGUGCGUCAUUGAUGAGGUUGGGAAGAUGGAGCUGUUCAGCCAACCUUUCAUCCAAGCGGUCCGCCAGACGCUGUCCACGCCCGGCAUCAUCGUCCUUGGCACUAUCCCAAUCUCCAGAGGGAAACCGCUGGCCCUGGUGGAGGAGAUCAGGAAGAGACGUGAUGUGAAGGUGUUCAGUGUCACCAGGGAGAACAGAAAUAGCCUCUUGCCAGAUAUCGUGGCUGUCGUGCAGAGCAGCAGGUCCUAAAGCAGCAGCUGUCGGGGUCCAGCUCUGCCUCUUCUCAUGCUGGGCCCUGAGUACCACCCCGUCCACCGUGUCCUAUGUCCUCCCCGGACCCCUUACAGUUGUGCGUGCAGUUUGAGUAAAUUCUAAAACGAGUCUGCCAAACAUUAGGUGGGAUUUGCUCCCAUUGGGGUUUAUAACAUGUUCGGGGCUGCGAAAAGAUGGAGUUCACUUCUUCCUUGACUUUGACUGCUGUAGAUAUUAAACACCUCUCCAGGUGCAGCUCCAGACUGGUGGCAGCUGAAAGCAGUAACAACUGGUUCUCUUCAGUUAUUUCCAAAAGGGGGAAAAAAUCAGUCCUCCUCUCCCUCUCUUGUUUAUUCCUCUGUUCAUUGACUAAUAAAAACAG